GGGGUGGCGCGGAGGGGCGGAGCGGCUCUCCCUGCCGGGCGGUGUCAGCCGAAGAAAACGGGACAGAGGAGCAGCGAGGGGCCGACAGAGAGACACAUUCCCCGGGUGGUAUUACUGAACUGCAGCAGCGGACUUCAGGUGUCAAGAUGUCAACAAAGGUCAGCCCUGAGGAGAUGGAGGAGAUCACAGAAGGCUUCCAGAAAGUGGAUGUCGACGGUAACGGGUACAUCUGUGCCAAAGAACUCAGCAAUCUCUUUCAAGAGGUGCGCUGUCCAAUGGCUGGAUACCAGAUCAGAGAACUCCUUCAUAAGCUGGACAAAGACAACGACAGCCGCAUCGACCUGGAAGAGUUCAAGGCUAUCUACCGGGACCUGAAGAAUGAGAAGUAUGCACAACAAUUCAAGAAAGCGCUCAACAAAAAGGAAGGCAUCGUAGCCAUCGGGGGCACGAGCGAGAUCUCUAGUGUUGGAACUCAACAUUCAAUCUCUGAGCAGGAGCGCUUUGCUUUCGCCAACUACAUCAACUCAUCUUUGGAGGAGGACCCAGACUGUCAGGCAGUCCUGCCUAUCAACCCCAGCAACGAAGAUCUGUUUAAAGCAGUAGCAAACGGCAUCGUGCUCUGUAAACUCAUCAACCUCUCUGUUCCUGACACCAUUGAUGAGAGAACCAUCAAUAAAAAGAAACUCACACCUUUCACCAUACAGGAGAAUCUGAACUUGGCUCUGAACUCAGCCUCUGCCAUCGGCUGCCAAGUCGUCAAUAUCGGAGCUCAAGACCUGAAGGAGGGAAAACCUCACCUGGUGCUCGGCCUCCUCUGGCAGAUUAUCAAGAUAGGACUGUUUGCAGAUAUUGAGCUGAGCCGCAAUGAAGCUAUAGCAGCAUUGCUAGAGGAAGGGGAGAGUCUGGAAGAGUUGAUGAAACUCAGUCCUGAGGAGCUGCUGCUGCGCUGGGCCAAUUUCCAUUUAAAGAAAGUUGGAAUGUCCAUAUCAAACUUUUCUGGAGAUAUUAAGGACUCCAAGGCGUACUUCCACCUGCUCGAGCAGAUCGCUCCGGACGGCAGCAAAGAGGACGCUCCACGAGUUGAGGUCGACAUGACUGGGCUUUAUGAGAAUGAUCUUAUGAAGAGAGCAGAGUGUAUGCUCGUACAGGCCGACCGCCUCGGCUGCCGACAGUUUGUAACUGCUACCGAUGUUGUGUCUGGAAAUGCAAAGCUCAACAUGGCCUUUGUAGCCACGCUGUUCAACAAACACCCGGCACUCACCAAACCAGAGAACGAAGAUUGGAACCUGCAAAGUGAGACCAGAGAGGAGAGAACGUUCAGGAACUGGAUGAACUCUCUCGGAGUGCGUCCAAAUGUUCACCAUAUCUACGGAGAUCUGCAUGACGCCAUGGUGAUCCUCCAGCUUUAUGAAAAGAUUAAGGUGCAGGUGGACUGGGACAACAGAGUCAACCUCCCUCCAUUCAGAGGAGGAGGAGGACAUUUGAAAAAGAUCGAAAACUGUAACUAUGCUGUGGAGCUGGGCAAGAAAAAAGCUGGCUUUUCCCUGGUGGGAAUUGCUGGACAGGACAUCUACGAUGGAAAUGAAACUCUAACCCUGGCGCUGGUGUGGCAGCUGAUGAGGAGGUACACUUUAAAUGUUCUGGAGUUCCUUGGAGAAGGAGAAGUUGCAGGAGAUGAUCUGAUCAUUUCAUGGGUCAACAAGACUUUGUCUGAGAAUGGCAAGAGUUCCUCUAUCAAAAGCUUUAAGGACAAAUCAAUCAGUACCAGUAUUCCAGUUCUGGAGCUGAUUGAUGCUCUUCAACCCAACAGUGUGAACUUUGAGCUGGUUAAAACAGAAGAUCUGUCAGAUGAAGACAAACUGGACAAUGCCAAGUAUGCCGUGUCAAUGGCGAGGAAGAUCGGAGCCAAAGUCUACGCCCUGCCCGAGGACUUGGUGGAGGUUAACCAGAAAAUGGUGAUGACCAUCUUCGCCUGCCUGAUGGGAAGAGGCAUGAAAAGGGCCUAAAGGAGACACAUGUACACUUGUUACACACACACACACGCGCUCACACACAUACUGACUUACAGACUGUCUUUUCCUUUGUUUGAAUGGAUGAAACAUGAAGAGAGUGAACAUGAAUGAAUUGUCUGCUAUUUUUAAAGUGGUCAUUCACUGUUAGCAAAGAUAGAAGUGUCACUUUAUUAAUCUGUUCUGCACAGACAUGAAAAAAUAUCAGUAGUGAUGUUAGAGCUUCAGAGAAAUGAGUACCUUGGUUUGACAGUUUGCAAUGAACGUGCUAAAUAUUUGGGGUUGUGGGUUUUUUCUCAAUCUCAGUUUUGGUUUGGGUCACUUCAAGUGGGUCAACUUUCCAUCCUGCACGUAGGUAUGAAGACAGCUGUGAAUAAGCCUGUUAAAGGAACACAAGGUUUCGUUUCUUCAAUUGUAAAGGCUGUGAUACAUGGGAAACACUUGAAGACAACAACUGUGUAACAUCCAAAAAUUCAAGGUAGAAUUGUUUACCUCUUACAUCUCCCCAGCUGCAUUGCCUUAAAGUUCCCCAUGUGUCACAACCUCAUGAUAUGCCGACUUAGUUCUGCUGUAUCUCCCGAUGUACCAGCCAAUUCACAGUGUGAUCAUUUAUUGUAACUAAGCCAUAUUCUAAUAUUCUUUACUGAAUACCUUUGGGCCUUUUUUUAUAUGUGACCAAAGCUGUGCUAGAUUACUGGCAGUUUGUGUCUUAACACAAGAAACUGUAAAACUCAAUACCUUAAUUUGUUUUGUUAAACUUGUGGAUUAGUUAUAAAGUUUUCUUGCUGCUGAUGUCAACAUUCCAGUACCGUGUGUUUUUCUUUUUUUUUUUUAUCCCAAAUGUUUCUCAGUGAAGACUUUUCCAAUCAGCUGAUUGUCUUUCUCAGCUCUGUGGGAUGCAACUGCUACAAAGCUUUAAAUGACAGCAAUACUUUGAAAAUUCAGUGUGUACAAUCGGGUCAAUAAUGUUAAAUAAAAGCAUUUUUUCUUAAA